UUUGCGCAUCACUAAUAAUCAGCAACUCAACUUUAGACUUUAAUUUUAUCUGGUUCGGUUGUACCAAUUAAAUAAACGAAACGAGCUCUCAUUGCUGUUCAUUCUACACUUAGUGCCAUUUCUAAUCGGCAGCGGUAAUAUUACAGUUAAAAAAUUUGGGUCGUUCGUCCUGCCGAGACGUGCACGAGUUAUUAAUUCGUACCGGCUCACGCCACACUGCUUGCACCCGCUUAGAGGACAAGAGAAAUGGCCAGUAACAACAGCAAACGUUUAUUUAAAUUUGUGUCUGAACACAUAACACAUUCCACCAGAAAUUAUGGGACUGCUAAAAGGGUGGUGGCAGCCAAACCUGUUGUGGAGAUGGAUGGAGAUGAGAUGACCAGAAUUAUAUGGGCUAUGAUCAAAGAAAAGCUUAUAUUUCCCUAUGUGAAGCUGGACUGCCUGUACUACGACCUGGGGCUGCCGCACCGCGACGCCACGGACGACCAGGUGACCAUCGACGCCGCGCACGCCAUCCUCAAGCACAACGUCGGCAUCAAGUGCGCCACCAUCACGCCUGAUGAACAGAGAGUUGAAGAGUUCAAGCUGAAGAAGAUGUGGCUGAGCCCGAACGGCACGAUCCGCAACAUCCUGGGCGGCACGGUGUUCCGCGAGCCCAUCCUGUGCGCCAGCAUCCCGCGGCUCGUGCCCGGCUGGACCAAGCCCAUCGUCAUCGGCCGCCACGCGCACGGCGACCAGUACAAGGCUCAGGACUUUGUUGUGUCUAAACCUGGAAAGGUGGAGUUGGUGUACACGGCGGCCGACGGCACGGUGGACAAGCGGCUGCUGUACGACUUCAAGGGGCCCGGCGUCGCGCUCGGCAUGUACAACACCGACGAGUCUAUCCGCGCCUUCGCACAUUCCAGCUUCCAGGUGGCACUACAAAAGAAAUGGCCAUUGUACUUGUCUACCAAGAACACUAUUCUCAAGCGAUAUGACGGUCGUUUUAAGGACAUCUUCGAAGAGGUCUACCAAAGCGACUACAAGAAGCAGUUCGCAGACGCCAAGAUCUGGUACGAGCACCGGCUGAUCGACGACAUGGUGGCGCAGAGCAUGAAGAGCAGUGGCGGCUUCGUGUGGGCCUGCAAGAACUACGACGGCGACGUGCAGUCCGACAUCGUUGCGCAGGGCUACGGGUCCCUGGGCAUGAUGACGUCCGUGCUGAUGUGCCCGGACGGCAAGACCGUGGAGUCGGAGGCGGCGCACGGCACGGUGACGCGCCACUACCGCAUGCACCAGCAGGGCAAGCCCACCUCCACCAACCCCGUGGCCUCCAUCUACGCGUGGACCCGCGGGCUCAUCCAACGCGCCAAGCUGGACAACACGCCCGAUGUUGCCAAAUUCGCGCUCGCUUUGGAAGAGGCUUGCGUGGAGUGCAUCGACAGCGGCAAGAUGACCAAGGACCUGGUGAUCUGUAUCCACGGCUUGGAGAACACCAAGGAGGGCAUGUUCCUGCACACUGAGGACUUCCUGCUGGCCAUCGCCGACCAGCUGGAGCGCAAGCUUUCCAAGUAAACGGCCUCCUCGGUCCCGCCGCUGUCGCCACAAGGCCCGAGGAAAUCUACAAUCAUCGUCUAUUUCAUGGGCCAGAAAUAGGCUUACUAUCUUUUCCUGUUCUUCUUUGUAAUAAUGAGAUAAAAGACUUCGCGGAGCCAAAACGUAAGCUCAAGUGAAAUGGCUGGCUAUUUUACUCGGCAGCUUAUUCUACUUAGAAAUGAGACUGAUUUUUUCCAAGGAGGGUUUUAAAAAAUCCAGUUUACAAAUUUUUAGUCACUACUUAUUUUUUUAGAUUGAGCUUAUAAUUUUCUAUAUACAUGAUUGCUACUUUUGAUAAAAAUGAGAUUUAUACCCAGUCAUGUUAAGGAUAAUAAUUGUAAUUAGACAUUGUAGACAUUAAGUACAGACAGUGAUUUAAUGUAGCUGCUUAGCAGUAAAUAUUAGUAAGCAUGUCCAAUGUUAUUGUAUUAAGUACACUAAAAUGUGAAUGUUUGAUCUUCAGCUCGGUUAGGACCGAAUAUAAUACUUUCCAAAAUUGUGGUUAUAACACACAUGCAGUACUUAAAAUAAAUUAGUGGAGACAUAAUCCUUAAAGAUCAAAAGUAGACGAUUCAGCCAUAUAAAAUUAUUUGUUUCUAUUAUAUACCCUCAAAGUGCCUUAUUAAUAGUAGGUUUAAAGGAAAAAUGUACUUUACCUUUUUGCACAAGUUUUUGCAUUGUGCCGUCUUAUGUUUUAGAUACAAACCAUUUUUAAAGAAGCAUCUGCGCUUAUAUUUCACUGCGAAGUCAUGUAAGUAAACAAACGCAGGGGCGCCCAUUUAGCAAUUUUAGCAUAACAGAGCACAGGCACAGCACACCACUAAAAAUAUUGUUAUUAGUUAUACCUGUCUAUGUAUCUUCCAAUCAUGAAUUAAUAAAAUAUUUAUUUCUAUUA